AUGUCCAAAUUCUUCCGUCGAGCAAAAAAUUGCUCAUCGGAUAGUUCCGACUUUGAGAUUGACAGUGAUUAUGAGCAGGUCCCCAGUCAAGAUUCAAGGGAAAGCGAUUCUGAUCAACCAGGUACCUCGGAAAAAACAGCAGUAUCAAAGAAGGAUCAGAAAAAAAUAGAGAACUGGCUUAUGGAACCAACGGAUGAAUCAGAAACAGUGGAGGAGAGACAUAUAAAAGAAAUCGAAUCUCUUCAAGCGGAGCUGGCCAAUCUCCGUUACUGUAUUGUUGAGCAAGACGAGAAGGUCUACGAAUCAUUGUUGAAGCAAAGCAGUCUCCAUUUGGAACUUCUCGAAGUGAAACAAAAAAAUGAAGAGCUCGAAAAAGAAAAACGGAAAACCGAAGAGCAACACGAUGAAAUAAUAAUGUUACUGGAGGCAAGCAAGGACAAAAAGAUAAAUUAUAUCAAAGAGGAUGCGGAUGAGAAGUUGAUGGAGGAAAACGAAAAAUUGAAGAUGAAAAUGAUGGAGUUGAAGGCGGAUUUGAUGGAGGAGAAGACUAAGAACAUGUCAUUGAUGGAUUCAGAUGAUCCUGUUGAGGUUCAUCUGACUUACGAGGUUAAGAACUUGAAAUUGGAGUUGGCAGAGAAGAAUCGGGAGGUGGCAACCUUGAAGAAACAACUGAAAAAAGUUAAAAAAUCGAAAAAAUUAAGAGAUCCUGGAAACCUGGAAGAAGAGUUGCAACUGACCAGAAGUGAGCUGGAGCAGGCAAAACAGGAAUUGGCAUUUGCAAAUGAGCAGAUUAGUAUGAUUUUUGAGAGCAAUGAGAUGACGAGACAACAAGACAGUGCUGGGUACGAGAAGCAGAUUAGAGAGUUGAAGGAUCGACUGAUUGCACGGGAGGAGGAGAUUUGGGAGUUGAAAAAUAAGUAA